UGUGUUGUCCCCCUCCGGUUGUAUUAUCAUGUAGCACUACAUCUCGGACGUGAUUUGAGAUAAAUUCAACAGAGCAGUUCCUUAUCUAAAGAGUAAUAUUUGAUUUAUUUUCAACAAAGAUUAACAUGAUUUCGUAUGUUAGGCCAGAAUAAUGUUUCCCGAAGGUUUGUGACUCAAUAUAAUUAAUUGAGAGUCGCGUAGCAAAGCGAACAGAGUAUUAUUUGACUAGCUGCUAGCUAACCACUGUGCGUCUGUAAAAUCGCUCCUUCAGUACGCUGGCUGACCGCGUCGCGGUUUUAGUUUUACUUCAAACAUGACAGGGUUGGGCAGCAGGUUGUUCUACAAGGUCGGGAAGCUUUGCGAACAGCUCCCCGUGUUCCUCAACACCUUCCUGGUGUUCUCCAUCACCGGGGAGGUGAGCUACCUGGUGCUGGUGGAGGCUCCGCUGAAGGCGGAGCAGCAGAAGACGGCGUGGUCCUCCUGGUGGAAGGCGCUGCACCUGCUGGGCCAGUACUACAUGCUGGGAAACAUCUGCUGGAACGCUUUCCUCUUCUUGAAAGUCAGCCCCAGCAUCAAGGGGGUGUUUCUGGGAGGAAAUGGACUGGGCCAGGGCUGGAGGUACUGUUACACGUGCGAGACACACACACCUCCUCGCUGCUCCCACUGCUACGACUGCAAGGUGUGCGUUCUGCGGCGGGAUCACCACUGCGUCUUCUUCGGCCAGUGUGUCGGCUUCCGCAACUACCGCUACUUCGUGUGCUGCUUGUUGUUCAUGUGGUUGGGUCUCCUCUACGCCAUGGUGAUGAAUGCUGAGGUCUUCAUCGUCAUUCUGAAGGAGGGCGUCACUCUGCACAGCAUCCUGCUGCUGCUCAUACCGUGGAUCAUGCUUGUUUCAGGCCAAGUUUCAGCGCGGGCCUUCACCUUUGCCUUUAUCGCUGACACCUGCGUUGUAGGUUUCCUGCUCGUCUCCGCCUUCUUUUUCUUCCACCUGUUCUUGCUGUUUCGAGGGCAGACCACCAGGGAAUGGUACUCUUCUCGCCGCCCCUAUAACCUGGGUCUUGUUAACAACCUGCGGCACAUGCUGGGCCUCCGCUGGUACAUCUGCUGGCUCUCCCCGCUUAUCCCAUCACCGCUUGUUGGAGACGGGAUAAACUUCCAGGUCACAGGAUCGCUGGAACCCUGCCAGUAACAUCCAGAAGUCUGGACAGAGUCUGAGUCUUUAGUGGUGAUGGUUUAUGCUGACAGGAGCAGCAGCCGGAACAUUACCUCGGUUUAAGAGGAGGUAGCUUUGGAUGGGAUGCUGCUUAGACGCUUGGUGGUGGUGGUCUUAUCGUUUGAAAUUAUUCAUCAGCCUAUUAAUUGCGCUGAGAAGGGAAAUCAGGGGUCGACCUGAAAAUGGUAUCUGCACCGGUUAAGGCUAACCUCAGAUACUUACUCAAUUCUGUACAACACUGAGCACUGAACAUAUAUUUAAAACAGCACUGAAGUAAGAAUGUACUGUAUCAAUGAUUAAAAGUAAAUGUAGAAUAUUAAAUCUUUCUUAGAAGGCAUUUGCAACUCACAAAUGUGGUGAUGUAGUUUAACUUUGAGUGGACUUUUUCCUAAAGACCUAAGCUGCCUAAAUCAGUUUCACUCAGAUUUGUUUUGCACUUUUCCUGAUUAAACUCCAGGAUGUUCUUCAUCCACUUCUGAGCUGCUGCUGAAUAUAAUCACAGGCCUUUAGUGGGGGCUGUUUCAAGCUGAACAAAAAUAUCUAUAUUGAAGAUGCACGAUCAGAUUCAGGUAAAGUUUCAGCUUGGCCAGACUUAAAAAAUUAUUAUAAACUCAAAAUUUUCAUCGUUUUUGUGAUGUGUAAACACGAGCUGCACUAAGCAGAUUACUCUUCAGUCUGGAGAAGUCGCCAAGGUAUUUUUAAUAACAUCAAGGUGUUUAAUGUAAAAGCAGAGGGAACCUUAGGCUGUAAGAGAGAAAGCAAUUCCUUCACCUCAUAACAAGAAGGCUGAGCAAUUGUGCAUUUUUUUAAUUUUUUUUUAGCUUUUCCAUACAGUGGCUUUUUUCAGCCUCUGUUAGGGAACCUGCUGGAUUUAGAAAUUUUGUCUGCCUUUUGGAAAUCUUAGUUAAGAUGAGGUUUUGCAUUCUCUAGGGAAUACAGACAGAGACAGAUGUGUACAGUCAUUAAUACUAACUGUGCUAAUCGCUAAUAUAUGAUGCUAAAGAUGGUUUUAAAUGUCAACUUUGUAAUCACUUUGUCUUGGUUUUAAGGUCCUGUCCACAUUUGUUAAUUAAUUUUUUUUCUGCUCUUUUUGUACCCUCUUUCAUAUUUAAGUAUAUUUCUUGGUGGCAAAAACAUUCAGACAGGAUAUCAGGAGAUAUUUCAAAUAUAAAUUAUGAUUAAAACCCACUUUGCACUUGCCCACACUCUUUUUCUGUGCUAGCAACCACAAAGAAAAUGGAGCGUUUUUGUAGGUUAUUUAACAUUUGUCUCAAUUUGCCCUGACUUGGUUUCUAAUUACUUGUGUAAACUAAUAUGUACACAAUCUAAUUCAUGUCAUGUGUAUUGUGCCAAAACCGUAGAGAUUAAAACUAUGGAGUUUUGUGUAGCUGAUCCUUAAAAUAAUAGUAAAAACUCUGCUUUACAAGAACUCCUCACACAAUCGGACAUCAACUCUGAUGUUAAAAAAUAAAAGAAAAUCAAUGACCAGUCACUGUAAAAAGGGUAUAAGAAACAUUUUCAUUAUAGCUCUUAAAGAGAAGUCAGAAUUGUUAAAAUUGUUAUCGGUAGUUGAAAGUUAUCAGAAAUACUAGUGGUGCAUCUCUGACUUUCACAUUUAUUCAAAAAUUCUCUGACAUAGUGUCAUUUUUAUUUUGUUUACAGAUUGAUGUCACAUAAGGUCAUCUAACAAAUCCAGUAUUUAAAAUGAUUGUAUUACAGUGGUGUGUCAACAGUUUGUUUCAUAGUUUCUAAUUUGUUAGUGUUUCUGGCUGUCAGGGACUUGAGCAGCAUUGUGUCAUUGUACCAUUCCCUUCUGCAACAGCAAACCUGAUCUUUAUAACAUCCUUCCUUUGCAAGGUGACAGUUCCUAUCUUAAUCUUUGAAUCAGUCUCUUUAUGGUUGAUUUUUUUUAAGUAUUGUGGAGGCUGAUAAUUUCAGCAUGUUAUCUCCUAUGGUGCCCUGUUUCAGUCCAGUAUGUAGAAUUGCCCUUGGACCGUGCUAACAUGUCUUACUGCACUUGAUGCCAGCUUUACUUUCACUACUUCGCCUGUAUUUUGUAAUUCAAACUCUCCUUGCCUUAAAGUGAAUCAACAAAUCACAAGCCUUGGGUUUGACAGGUUCUUAAGUGUUGGUGAAUCAAUAAAAAACUGUUCAGUUUUAUUUGUAUUAAUUUUAAUUGUUUUGAAAAAGAUUGCUGUUUUUUCUGUUGGGUUUUGUUGCUUAAACGUCCAUCAAACUCUGACUUGAGAUGCUUUGCUGUUUUUAUUAUUUUGUAUCUGCAAAUGUGUUGUGUUGAAAUGUUUACUUGAAAACUGUUGUUCAGAAAAGUGUUUUCUCUUCAGAGUUUCUCAAAUGUUUGAUUAAAACUAUGGAAAUCAA